GGGAAGGGCAGUGCUAUAAAGAGCAGAGUUCACCUCCCUUCUGCUCACUGCUCAGUCCCUCUGGCCCCUGCUCCAUGGUGACGGAUGAGGAUGGAUGCUGGGACAGCUGGGAUCAGCAUCAUGCUUUUCUUUUUUUCUCUCUUGUGUUUCCUGGUCUGGAAAAAUGAUAGGAAGAGGAGCCAGCUCCCUCCUGGACCGACCCCAUGGCCCAUCCUGGGAAACUUAUGUCAAAAAGACGUCCUACCCCUCUACUCGUCCUAUGAGAAGCUCAGGGAGAAGUACGGCCCCGUGUUCACCGUCUGGCUGGGACUGAAGCCCGCGGUGGUGCUCUGUGGCUACGAGGUGGUGAAGGACGCUCUGCUUGGUCAUUCGGAGGAGUUUGGAGGGAGACCUGAAAUACCCCUUCAGGUCCGGCUAUCAAAAGAUUACGGGUUUGCCUCCUCCAACGAGAAGAAGUGGCGGGAGCUGCGGAGGUUCACGCUCAGCACCCUGCGGGACUUUGGGAUGGGGAAGAACACCAUGUCGCAGCGCGUGCAGCAGGAGGCCCAGCACCUCGUGGAGCUGCUGGCGAGCUUCAAAGGUGAGGCCUUUGAGCCAAUGGUAACUUUCAGACAUGCAGUUGCUAAUGUGAUUUGCUCUGUUGUCUUUGGGAGCCGCUACAGUUACAGCGAUGCAGCCUUUCUGGAGCUGCUGGCCGUGAUCGCAAAUUACAUCAGUUUUUUCCUCUCCCCUCUUGCCAUGGUGUACAACACCUUCCCCAACAUCAUGCACCGCCUCCCUGGGCCUCACCACAAAGCCCUGGCCGAAUGCGAGAAGCUCAAGGACUACAUCCAAGAAAGAGUCAAUUGCCACAAGCAGAGCCUGGAUCCCAGCUCUCCCCGGGACUACAUCGACUGUUUCCUUAUAAAAGCGGAAAAGGAGAAGAGCAGCCUGGAGAACAUGUACAGCAAUGAAGACCUGGUCUUUUCGGUAUUCAAUCUCUUUGGUGCUGGGACAAUAACCACUAGCAAUGCCCUGGUCUUUUUCCUCCUGGUGCUGACUAAACACCCCCAUAUUCAAGCUAAGGUCCAGGAGGAGAUUGACGCAGUGGUGGGUGCGGACCGUGCUCCCUGCACGGAGGACAAGCUGCGGAUGCCGUACACCAACGCCGUGAUCCACGAGCUGCAGCGCUUCCAGAAGUCCCGAAUUGAGAAUUUUCCUCGCAUGACAACGCAGGACAUCAAGUUCUGGGGCCACAACAUCCCCAAGGACACAGCUGUUAUUCCAAUAUUUUCUUCAGUGCAUAGAGAUCCAACCCAGUGGGAGAACCCCCAAAAUUUUGACCCACGCCACUUCUUGGAUGAGAAAGGGGAAUUCAGGAAGCGCGAAGCCUUCAUGGCUUUCUCAGCAGGAAAGCGGAUGUGCCCAGGAGAGGCGCUGGCCCGGAUCGAGCUCUUCCUCUUCCUCGCUACACUGCUGCAAAACUUCACCUUUGAGCUCGAUGUUGAGUCCGAGGAGAUGGAUAUUUCUGCCUUAUGGCUGAAGAUAGAGAAUCGGACAAUACCUGGCAAAUUCCUCGCCAUACGGCGGCAGGCAUGUUCUUGAGCAGAAAGCAAA